AUGACAGUGCUGCGUUCACCGGAGGAUCUUCGCGAGCUGCUGAUUCGGAGCCUCGAAGCCUCCGCUCAUGUUCAGCGCCUCGCCGCCGAGAAUGCAGAGCUUGCCAAGGCGUUGCAGGAGGCGGAGGUCCACGCUGUUCAGAGCGAGCUUGACUGGUCUGUUUGCUGCAUCAAAGCCCUGGAGAACAUGCACCAGUCCUUCGAUGGGCUGCAGGCAGAGAACACGGGAAGAGUGAAACGGCUGACUCUUGUGUCGGCGACCCCGAUGCAGCGACGAUUGGAGGAAGAGCAGGCUAGCCUUCAGAUGCUCGGGUACAAGUGGAUGGAUCUGGAUGCUGCGAGAGGCUGCAGUGGGGCGGGGAAGGAGUUCUUGGCAGAACGUUGCGUUAG